CACUUCAAUUCGCAAAACAGCCCCAGCAUGCCACCAUGACUGAGAUCUAUCCUUCUCUCGCCCAGUGCGCAGUAGUGGCUGCUGCACUGAAGAUCCUUCUUUUCCCUGCCUACAAAUCCACCGACUUUGAGGUCCACCGCAACUGGCUUGCCAUCACCAACAGCUUGCCACUGUGGGAGUGGUACUACGAGAAGACGUCCGAAUGGACGCUCGACUACCCUCCUUUUUUCGCCUACUUUGAGUGGGCCAUGUCGCAGGUCGCGAAGCUGGUCGAUCCGGCCAUGCUCAAGGUGUACAAUCUUGAGUACGAUAGCUGGCAGACAGUAUACUUCCAGAGGUUUACUGUCAUUAUUACUGAGCUGCUCCUGGUCUACGCGCUGCAACUGUUCGUAGACUCAUCGCACGGAGUGUCGAAACGCGCUGCGCAGGCGGCCGCCAUCUCCAUCUUGCUCUCGCCGGGCUUGCUCAUUAUUGACCACAUCCACUUCCAGUACAACGGUUGCAUGUACGGCAUCCUCAUCGGGUCUCUGGUUAUGGCGCGCAAGAAGUCGACGAUGCUGUGGAGCGGCCUCUUGUUCGCCGCGCUGCUGUGCAUGAAGCACAUCUAUCUUUACCUUGCACCAGCCUACUUCGUCUUCCUGUUGAGAGCCUACUGUCUCUCGCCGAAAUCCAUCUUCCGGAUUCAGUUUCUCAACUGCCUAAAGCUGGGCGCCGGCAUCGCGGCUCUUUUCGGCACAGCUCUCGGACCCUUCGCCCUCAAGGGACAGAUCCCUCAGAUCAUGAGCAGGCUAUUCCCAUUCUCGAGGGGCCUCUGCCAUGCCUACUGGGCGCCCAAUGUCUGGGCCAUGUACUCCUUUGUCGAUCGGGUGCUUAUCAUCCUUGCGCCUCGGAUCGGCCUGUCGGUGAAGGAGGGCGCCUUGCAUAGUGGAACGCGAGGCUUGGUCGGAGACACAUCCUUCGCGGUGCUGCCGGAUGUCACGCCCCGCGUGUGCUUCGCCUUGACCCUGCUCUUCCAGGCGAUCCCGCUGCUGAAACUUUUCCUGCAGCCGACGUGGGAUAACUUCAUCGGCGCCGUCACUCUCUGCGGCUACGCGUCCUUCCUGUUUGGCUGGCAUGUCCAUGAGAAGGCGGUGCUGCUGGUCAUCAUCCCCUUCAGCCUCAUCGCUCUCAAGGACCGGCGGUACCUGGGCGCAUUCCGACCCCUAGCAGUUUCGGGCCACGUCUCGCUAUUCCCGCUGUUAUUCACGCCGGCAGAGUUCCCCAUCAAGACGGUGUACACGGUGUUCUGGCUUUUCCUCUUCCUCAUGGCCUUCGACCGCCUGGCACCCGCCUCGAGCCGGCCACGGUUCUUUCUCUUUGACCGCUUCAGCACGCUGUACAUCACGGUCAGCAUUCCGCUGAUUGCAUACUGUUCUUUGGUACACCGGAUCGCAUUUGGCAAGAGCUACGAGUUUAUACCCUUGAUGUUCACCAGUUCAUACUCGGCAAUUGGGGUCGUCGGGAGCUGGGUAGGUUUUCUGGUAGUGUACUUCACGUCAUAGACUUGGGUCGGCAGUUCAAUGAGAAGGUACCAAAUUUGAGCAGAUGCUGGCUUCAUUGUCGCGCAGCACAAAGAAGCAGUUGAAGUGGGCUCCCACUAGAGCCACGGGUCCGGCUCCCACUAGACUCACGGGUCCGUGUCGCUUAGUCAUCGAACAACUGUAUUAGUCACCACAAAAAUGUAUCUAACGCGGCCACCUCCCCGCGACUUGUCGAGUCGAUUGACUAGC